GCAUUAGUGAAGUAUUAGUGUGAAACUUUCAGUUAAAGCUAUCAUCAGAUUUGUUAGAAAAAUGAGUUACGUGACAUUAACUUUUCUUGGAAUGCUCCUGGUGCUCCAGUCGUGCUUCGCCUCUCAUCAUGAAUACAAUACAGAUAAUAAAUUGUAUAAAGAAACUGCUAAAGCCCUUGUUGAAAUCGCAAUUCCUUUGAGCGAGCGGUAUUGUGAGGUGUUAGAAAAAGUUGUAGAAGAUUUGAAAGCCCACGAAGAAGCGCCUAAAUAUGAGCAUCAAAUAGAACAUUUAGAAAAACUUAUUGAAGGCUUCAAACAUAUCAAAGCCGAUACUGAUGAGGAAAUUUUGCAAAAUAUCAUAGCCCUUAAGGAUGAUGGAGCAGGUGCUCAGGAGCCAAGCAACGAAUCGUCAAAUCCUCAUCUGGUCCGUGACUUAUUUGAAAAAGAUGGCGGCAAGGAGUUGGCUGAGGAGAUCCGUAAGGAUUUCGUUGAAUUCUUUGAUGGUUUCGAUGAUGCUUUCGAGAAAUAUGCUAAGGAAAUGAGCGAAGAGGAAAAAGCCGAACACGAAGACUUUUUAAAAUGUUUCAAGGAGUUCAAGGAAUCAGAUAAUUUUGAAAAGAAAUUGGAAAAAUUCUUCGAUUUCUUUAAGUUUUUCCAUCAUAAAGAAUAAGAGCAAAAGAUGUAAUUAAUCUGUUCACCAAAUAUAACAUGUACACAAUGGAGACGUGGAAACAAAUUUAAAUAAUUUUUCUAAAUUUAA